AAGGGAGGGUUCACUGCCCGCUCCUCUGCCUCCGAGACCAAGCGGCAGCCGGGAAGGUUGGGCCAGCAGUGGAGGCUCGCUCAGGUGCCGCGUGUGCUGCUCGCUAGGGACUGAGAACACACAGGAUGCCUGUGACCGUGGGCCCAUAUGGGCAGUCGCAGCCCAGCUGUUUCGACAGAAUAAAGAUGGGUUUCAUGAUGGGCUUUGCAGUGGGCAUGGCUGCAGGAGCGCUGUUCGGCACAUUUUCCUGCCUCAGGAUUGGCAUGAGAGGACGAGAGCUGAUGGGUGGAGUUGGCAAAACGAUGAUGCAAAGCGGUGGGACGUUUGGGACAUUCAUGGCCAUUGGUAUGGGAAUACGCUGCUAAUCUGGAGUUUGGGAUUUAUCCCAGAGUGCCCCCACCCAGCCAUUCCUCCACUGUACAAUAAUAAAAUCUUUAGAUACCUGGAA